AUGGACGACGGUGGCCGGGUGCUGACAGUUCCCCUCCUGGUGCUCCUGCUGGUCAGCCUCGCUGGCUCGAGCCCUCCGCCGGCGCCGGUGGUCUGUGCCCACGGCACGUCCGAUUGCACUGUCUCCAACGCGUACGGCUCCUUCCCGGACCGCACCGUCUGCCACGCCGCCAACGCCACCUUCCCGCGCACCGAGAAGGAGCUAGUUGCGGCCGUGGCAGCAGUGGCGGCGGCCAAGCGCAAGGUGAAGGUGGCCACCAAGCACUCCCACAGCUUCCCCAAACUGGCCUGCCCCGGCGGCCGCGAUGGCACGAUCAUAAGCACGGAGCGCCUCAACCGGGUGGUAAGCGUGGACGCCGUCAAGGGGCUUAUGACGGUGGAAAGCGGCAUGGUGCUCCGCGACCUGAUCCAGGCGGCUGCCGAGGCAGGGCUCGCGCUGCCGCACUCGCCGUACUGGUCAGGGCUCACCAUCGGAGGCCUGCUGGCCACGGGCGCGCACGGCAGUUCGCUCAAGGGUAAGGGUGGCGCCGUUCACGAGUACGUGGUUGGGAUGAGGAUCGUCACGCCGGCGCCGGCGAGCCAAGGGUUCGCGGUGGUACGGGAGCUCUGCGCCGACCAUCCUGACCUCAACGCGGCCAAGGUCUCCCUCGGCGUCCUUGGCGUCGUUUCCCAGGUUACACUGGCCUUACAACCGAUGUUCAAGCGGUCGGUGACGUUCGUGACGCGUGACGACUUGGACAUUGUAGAGCAGGCAUCCAAGUGGAGCGACCUGCAUGAGUUCGGUGAUAUGGCAUGGUUGCCACAACAGGGCAAGGUUAUUUACCGCGAGGACGACCGCAUGUCCAUCGAGUUGAUGGGCGACGGCCUCAAUGACUACCUAGCCUUCCGCUCCACCCCAACGGCAGUGCUCAUCAACGCCAGAGUCGCCAUGGAGCCUCUUGAGAAGAACAUCAAUGCCAUUGCUCGGUGCAAGGCCGCUGAGGCGACAAUAUCAUUGUUUGAGAUGGCAGCAUACGGCUACUCCAACAAUGGCAGCUUGUUCACUGGGUACCCUGUGGUGGGGUUUCAACACCAGAUCCAAGCUUCUAGCGGAUGCAUCGGCAGCUCAAAAGAUGCGCUCCUCACCUCAUGCGCAUGGGACCCGCGCAUCGAGGGAACCUUCUUCUACAGCAAUGGCUACAGCAUUGCGCUCUCUAGGGUGUCGGCAUUCAUCGCCGACAUGCAGCAACUCCGUGACCGCAGCCCGCUGGCCUUCUGCGGAAUCGAUGCUAGUGUGGGUAUGCUCCUCCGCUACGUCAAAGCAUCCUCCGCCUACCUCGGCAAGCCAGAGGACUCGAUCGACUUUGAUAUAGCCUACUAUCGGAGUUACACCAAGGGUGAGCCCAACCCACACUCUGAUGUAUUCGACGAGCUCGAGCAGAUGGCACUGCACAAGUAUGACGCCAUCCCACACUGGGGCAAGAACCGCAACUUUGCCUUUGAGGGCGCCAUUGCCAUGUACCCCAAGGCAGGUGAGUUCCUGGAGGUGAAGGGCAGGUACGACCCCGACGGGAUCUUCUCCAGCGAGUGGAGCGACCAGGUGCUCGGCAUCAAUGGGAGCCCGGUCAUUGUCGAGAGGCGUUGCGCCAUCGAGGGGCUUUGCAUCUGCUCAGAAGACUCGCACUGUGCACCGGAGGAGGGCUACUACUGCCGCCCGGGGAAGAUGGAUUUGAGCCCGUGCGAGCAAUUUUUGCUCGAGGAUUCAUCCUCAUCCGACAACUCGGACGUGGAAUCGAUGCUCGAGCGCCAUCGUCAGCAGAUGGUCGUGGUGGUCCUAGCCGUGAAGGAGGAGGAGGAUCAAAACCUCAAAAGACGGCGAGGUUCGACUGUCGGCCGUCUUUGCAUCCCUCGCAACCGCCAUCUCAGAAGUAUGAUGUUGAUGCAAGACUACUUCGCUGACAAUCCAACAUAUCCGCUGCACUUCUUCCGGAGAAGGAGAAACGCCGCGGGCUUGUUGGGUUUUAGCACCUAUCAAAAAAUAUCCGCGGCUAUGCGUUUGAUUGCAUAUGGUAUUCUGGCUGACUAUGCCGACGAGUAUCUUCGCAUUGACGAAGAUACUACAUUUGAGUCAGUGCGUAGGUUUGCCAAAGUGAUGAUCCGCGUCUUUGGUCAUGUCUAUCUUCGUGCACCCAACAAGGAAGACACAAUAAAGUUGAUGGCAGCAAAUGAGAAGCGAGUUUGGCCCGACAUGCUAGGAAGCAUUGGUUGUAUGCAUUGGACUUGGAAAAACUGCCCGAAGGCAUGGCAUGGGCAAUUUUGUGGCAAGUCUCGUAAGGCAACAAUUGUGCUAGAGGUUGUAGCAUCCGAGGAUUUAUGGAUUUGGCAUUGUUUUUUGGAGUACACAAAGGGGUACUAUCUUGCAGAUGAGCAUCAAAAGCCCAAAACCAAAUGGCAUACUGAAUUUGCAAAGGUGCAAGAGGCUACCCAGAAAGAUAUAGAAAGAGCCUUCGAGAUUUUGCAAACUAGAUUUGCCAUUGUUCGUGGUCCUGCUUGUUUUUGGGACAAGAAAACCCUGAGCAACAUCCUGAUAUGUUGUGUCAUUCUUCACAACAUGAUCAUCGAAGAUGAGAGGGACUUGAACUUGGAGUUCUUCACGACAAUGUCGGUAGCCGUGUGA